AAUAGACGAGCCAUGACAUGAACGCAGUGGCGUCUAGCUAUCAACUACAAAUAUGUCUCAUGUGCCUGCAUCCAAGUGGCGAUAAUGUCGAAUCUAACACCGGAGGAACAGCAUGUAAUCCAGCAGAAUCCACUGGGGGAUUCUCUGAGCAUUGUCGCACAAACUUUGCGCGACGUGGGAGUUGUGAAAUUGGCGGACACGCACACGGAGCAGCCAAGCACCAGCGAAACUGAACGACCACGCUUAUUCACAGCAGCAAUAAGCAAAUUGUUUGGAAUCCUGGCUGCCUCUGAUGCGUCUGUUUUGCUCAAUUCAAGAACUGGAAGAAAGCCUUGGAUCCGAUCUAAGCGCUGCUCGCCCUCGUAUACAAAACGAAGGUGGUGUGUACAGCACCUUUGAACCAUUGUCGCAACUCGUUCUUUCUCAGGCAUCCGAUAUCGAUAUCUGGUCUGCAGUCAUCGAGCUUAUAAUCUCUAUUGCACGGUCUACCCCGCCUGCUUCAACACUCCCGACUUCCCUUAAUUCCGUUACUCCAAUCACGCACCUAUAAUCCGGCGAGUCGCCAAGCGACCGUAUUAACCUUGCCAACUGUCUCAUAAAGUAGCGUCUGGUUGGUCGCUUUGCUGCAGGCUGAACUGGCGUGCAUGAGCAGCCAUGUAGGUCGGCGGCUAACUUGGUUGCCUGUUCCCCCGCAUGUUCUGUGCCGUGAAUCUCCAUCUUCCUUUUAUUUCCAACUCGGAUCGCAAAAGGAUCACAUAUCGACUAUAAUGAGCAGCACAACUAGGAAAACGAAGAAGCAAAAGGGGAAAGAGAGAGAGGCCAUCCAUUCUGAUCUAAACAUCGAGUUUGUUGAUCCAUUCGAUCCUCGAACAACCUCGGAGGGCCUCGAAUACCUACGACGUAUACUGGAUGAUAUAUAUAAAGCAGGCCGCUGCUCAAUCAAGAAAUAUACAAAGAGAGCCGAUGAAGAUGUAGCUGCAGGGGUUCUUAACUCUUGGCGGGGGGACACUCUAAAGAGAGCCAUGGAUAUUAGUGGAAUGGCUUGCAAGUGCUUUAAGAGCAAGGACCCGGAAAUUCAUUGGAGAAUGCAGGUUGAAUCUCAAGCCAUGUAUAGGUUACAACGCGAGGUUGCUUGUAUGAGAUGCGGACAGCGUCUUUGGGUUUCGGAGGUUCAAGCCCAGCCCAGUAUAGUCAAGCGUGAAGAUGGGCGGCUUCCAGAGGACCGUCCAAAUUCCAGAAAAGUGUGCGAAUGUGUCCCUGAUUUUACCGAAAACGGGUUGACAAAAAUAUUUGCUAGUACAGCAGAUGCACAAACCUCAUACAACCCAGAGGCGCAGAAGCGUAUUGGUAAAGAACGCCCUGAUGCCGUGUACGGUCUACAGCGCACGAGACGCUUCGAAGAGUUGUUAAGGGGUCUUCCAGAGCCAAACGCUCGCUGUACAAUAUAUGAGAACAACAAAAUCAUCUUUCCGUUUCGUAUUCUAGAAGCAAAGUCUGAAACUAGCAAGGACAACUUCCACGACAUAAACAACCAAACAGGGUUAGCAAUAAGCGAAAUGCUAAACCUACAGAUUGAAUUAUUCAAGUUAGCUGGGAGAUCAUAUGGCGAAAAUGUUGGCCCAAUCGUGUGGUAUAUUGCUACACGAGGUGACUUAUGGAAAAUCCAUGUUGCUUAUGUCAAUAUGGUGAAGGACAAACCCCAGUAUCAAGUUCGUGGAGUCUGGGAUGGCUGUGUAUGCUUCCCUGAGAGGGCGUUGCAGCUAACUCUCAUUGUCGACUACAUUGCGGACUGGGCGAGGAAAAUCUAUCGAAAUGAGAUAACCGCUUGCUUGGAAACAUUUCGACAGAGUGUUGCUCGUUCUACCGCCAGCAUCGCGCGAGACACACCGGUUGAGUCACAGGAACAUCACCAGGACCAUAUGGAGCUGAAUAUUGAAAUCAAUGGAUUUGGUGCCGAUACAGACAGUGAUCUUUAUGGCAUCGAGCUCGACAGUCAGUCAGUUGAUGGGUGUGGAUCUAAAACAAGCGUUCAUCUAGACUCUGCUCCCGUCUCAAACAAGGAUGAUAAACUGCAGAUCUCAAAUACCGGCGACAGGUUCAAAUUCGUUGGUAUAACUAUUACGAGGGGUAUUUUGGAUGAUCUGUUUCAUGGUCAACUGAAAUCAGGCUCGUUAAUAAAUAUUACGGAUAUUUUAGGCGUUAUAUUGCAACAUUCUUUUCAGAUGGAUGAGAUGAAUCUGGUCUGGGAAUCUCCCUAUCUUGACAAUAGUUUCAAGAGAUUCAUUUCAGAUAUGGCAGACUCUGUCUUUGCCUUAUCAAUUUACCGAACAAGGGCGUGUUUACUUACUAAACUCACAGAAGUCCACUUUGUCGCUGUCGAGAAUGACAUAAUCCCACUGUUUUGGGGGUUAUCAGGAAGAGAACCUCCUAGCCGGCAUGGGACACGGUAUUUCCUUAAACUUAUGGGUUAUUUGUUCACCCCCGAACCUUCUCGAAGGGAAAAGUGUAUUAAUUGGUUCUGCCAAAUUCGAUCGCUACGACGAUAA